CCCUCGCACAAGCAAAAGCUGCUACCAGGGCGUGUUUCAGUCCAUAUGGCUCCCAGAAUUUGUUGUUCCAAACGUGGCCGGUACCUGUAGCUGAAGGAGGGGUAAAUCCCGGUGGACACAGGAUGUAAGGACCAGCAGCUACACCAGGCGGGUAUAUAUUUGAGGAAGGCGCGUCAAUUUAUUUCUGGCUGGAGGCAGCAACAUCAUAUUUGACACCGCGCCGACUCCCUUUAGAAGAAGCUUCUUCCUCUUCUGCCCGGGCUGAGAAAAUCAGCCUGACGGAGACGCGCCUGUCUGGACUCCAGGGACAGAGGGGCUCCGCGUUUUUUUAAAAUUUUUUUUUAUCACAGGGCCACAACUUGGCCAUAAACGGCGCUAUGCCGUCACCGGAGUUAAGAUGCGGACUCUUGUUGUGAGGGGGAUUCUGUGAACUGGCAGCGCGUUGAAUGUGCGUCUCUCCGUGGUGCCCAUCUCUCCCUCUAACUGUCUCUCUGUCUGUUUGUCUGUCACUCCUUCUCUCUCUGUGCGCGCCGUGCGUGUCCGUGUGUGUCCCUCUACCCAGACAUGACAGGUCAGGUCCUGGGGAAACCGGGCGGCGGGGCUCACAUGGACGACAACGCCGCCAUCCGCAUCAACGUGGGCGGCUUUAAGAAGCGUCUCCAGUCCGACACGCUGUCCCGGUUCCCGGAGACGAGGCUGGCGCGUUUGCUCCACUGCCAGUCCAAAGAGUCCAUACUGGAGCUGUGCGACGACUACGACGACACGGAGAAAGAGUUUUACUUCGACAGGAACCCGGCGCUCUUCCCCUACGUGUUGAAUUUCUACAACACGGGGCGGCUGCACGUCAUGGCCGAGCUGUGCAUCUUCUCUUUCAGCCAGGAGAUCGAGUACUGGGGCAUCAACGAGUUCUUCAUCGACUCCUGCUGCAGCAGCGCCUACCACUGUAGGAAAAUGGACCAGGACCGGGACGACUGGGAGGACAGGAGCGACGAAGGCAGCACCACCUCGUCCUUUGACGAGCUGCUGGAGUUUUACAGCGACGCCACCAAGUUUGACAAGCAGUUGCUCGGGAGCGCACGGAGGCGCGUCUGGUUAAUGCUGGAUAACCCCGGCUACUCUGUGGCCAGCCGCAUCAUCAGCAUCCUCUCCAUCCUGGUGGUGCUCGGCUCCAUCGCCACUAUGUGCAUGAACAGCAUGAGCGAGUUCAGCCUGUUGGACAGCGAGGGGCAACCCACGGAGGACCCCCGGUUCGAGACCGUGGAGCACUUUGGCAUCGGCUGGUUCACUCUGGAGCUGGUCGCCAGGUUCGUGGUGGCGCCGGACCUUCUGCACUUCUUCGAGCACCCGUUAAACGUCAUAGACCUGGUGUCCAUACUUCCGUUUUAUCUGACACUCCUUAUAAACCUGGUGGUGGAGAGCACCCCGGCGCUGGCCAACCUGGGACGCGUUGCGCAAGUGCUGAGGCUGAUGAGGAUAUUCCGCAUCCUGAAGCUGGCCCGUCACUCCACGGGGCUGCGCUCCCUGGGGGCCACCCUCAGGAACAGCUACAAAGAAGUGGGCCUGCUGCUUCUCUACCUGGCCGUCGGGGUGUCGUUUUUCUCCGUCAUGGCCUACACGGUGGAGAAAGAGGACAGCGAGGAUCUCUCCACCAUCCCGGCGUGCUGGUGGUGGGCCACCGUCAGCAUGACCACCGUCGGGUACGGAGAUGUGGUGCCGGUGUCCAUAGCGGGCAAGCUGACCGCGUCAGCCUGCAUCCUGGCCGGCAUCUUAGUAGUGGUGCUUCCGAUAACGCUCAUUUUCAAUAAAUUCUCUCUGUUCUACAAGAGACAAAAGCAGCUGGAGAUCGCAAUGAGGAGCUGCGAUUUCGACGAGGGAAUAAAAGAGGUGCCCUCGGUCAACCUGAGGAACUAUUACGCGCAUAAAGUCAAAUCCCUCAUGGCGAGCUUGUCAAACAUGAGCCGCAGUUCACCCAGUGAACACAGUCUGAAUGAAUCCAUACACUGAACCAGUUUUAACGAGGACUCCCGGUCAGGUUGGAUGACUCUGUUCAGUCAGAGCGGCUGCAUGAGGAGCUGUCCGGAGUGCUGAAACUCUGCCCAAUUUCUUCCAAUGAUGUCUGACCGUUCGCCUCUCUGUAGCUCAGUGCAAUAACAUGUUAACCUAAGUGUCAAUCACAAUGAGAAAGUAAGCAAAUGUACAGGAGAGCCUGGAUAUGAUGAUCUCACUGUGCGCUGGUAUGGCCCCUCACCAAAUAGGCCAACAAGUGGCUGCGUACUAUUAAAAAGGCAGACAAUGCUGUAGUUGUUUACAGUCCUCAGUGGUGUCACACUGUAGCCCCCCCUCCAGCUAUACCUGUCGUGAUCCAGUAUGUCUGAAAGUAACUCCAGCUGUAUCUCUCUUGAAGAAUGUUAAUGUGUAAUUGUUCUGUUGCAACAAGAUUACUUCAGAUGUGUGGUUAAAGCAAACUGUAUUAAACAAACAAACAAAAAAGUA